AUGUCAUCAAUGGUAGACAAGGUUCGUCGAGGUGUAGCAAAAACAAUACAAGCAGCUUCUGAAGGAGAAGCAUUUGAUACCUUGCCAGAGUGCGAUAUUCUAGCGACAAGUGACCGAUUUGCUAUCAAAAUUCUGCCUUCUAAUGAGAAUCUACCUUCUGGAUCCAAUUUCACUCAAAUUAAAUUUGUUAUCAAAGAUAAGCGAGGUAUACGUCAAACUGUUUACAACGGUGAAAUGAUCGCUUCACAAGGAAUUGUAGUUAAAACUUUACGAGGACAUCCCGUAAUGGAAAUUCGGCUUCCAGAUAAUUCGCAAAAUUCUUUGGGCAAAAUUUUGCAUCCUGUUGGUUCAACUCUUUACAAAGUAGAGCAUUUGAAAACACAUUCGUUUGGUCAAGAAUUUGUUAUAUCAAAACUUGGAGAACCAUUUUUGAAUAUUGUAAAUACUCCGAUUACACAUGUAAUUAUAUCAUUCUUAUCUUAA